AGUGAUAUAUUUUACUAAUAUAGGUGUAGGUUUGUUGUUGUUAUGUUUGUUUUACCAACCUAGUGAGGACAAUUGUUCUAAUUAAUGCACUGAGUGCUCCACAGUGUCAUGUGUCCUGCUUUGCUCUGAGCCUUGUCUCAUAGCCAUUAGGUAGAAAGUACUUGCAAUUUACCUGAACCCAGCCUGAAGCCACAAAACAAAAUCUUAUAUCCUAAAAUCCCUCUUCAGUUGCUAAUAUUCUGGCACUGACCACCUGUGGACAGUUUGGUAACUCCAGUGUCAGCUGAUUGAUGGGGUAUGCAAGCUAUCCAGCUUGAUUCCAGGAGGAAGAAGGGGAAAUGUCUCCUGAGUGCUGGAUUUGGAGCUCAGGCAAGCUCCAAAGCAGUGAACCCAGGGUCACUGACCAGAAAGGUGGAGAGGCAGGCAGGUAAGCAGCAGGGAUCAGGAAUCUUAGCCCCUCCCAAGGGCUUGGCGGGAGAACAGACAGGUAGGCUAUUGGAGGAGACACACUAGUGCUACUGAACUGGAAAUCUGCAGAUAUGGAAAAGGAUUGGCCCAGGCUGGAACCAUUGUGCUGUGUCCCUACAGACACUCUGACCCUAAGCAUGGUCCUCAUGUCACUCAAGACUCAAUGGCCAAUCAAAACCUCCACAUGGAGUUGCCAGGCAGAAUAGGAGGUGACUCUUCCAGGAUUUAGUCACCUAUGAUGACGUGCAUGUGAACUUCACUCAGGAAGAGUGGGCUUUGCUGCAUCCUUCUCAGAAGAGUCUCUACAAAGGUGUGAUGCUAGAGACCUAUAGGAAUCUCACAGCUAUAGGUUACAUUUGGGAAGAACAUACAAUUGAAGACCAUUUUCAAACUUCUAGACGUCAUGGAAGGUAAUUUUCUUCUGCAAGCUGAUGAGAAAAUGCCUAUGAAGAAAGUUUAACAUGUGCUACAAGUAGUAAAGAAAACCACUAGGUUACAAUAAGCACUGCUUUCAAUGAUGGAUGUUUACUGACUUUCAUAAAAAUCAUAUAUGUCUAUGGCAGAUAUGUAACUGUUGUUUGCAAGACAUUCCAUUAGGUCAAAGACAGAGAAAUAAUGGCUUAACAGAUAUGUUACUGUUUAAAUCAAGCCUAGUACAGCCAUGCUAUAUAAGUGUGAGUGUCUUCAGUCUCAUAUCGCUUAGCUAUUGCAAAAGGAACACACAGUGAUUAGGUGACAGGUAUAUGUCUAAGACCUAGUAAUGAGCAAAUAAUCCAUAGUAUAUCUGAGCUCAAUGAUAUAUUUGUAAUAUCAUUGCUAAAUUUAAUGGGAUGAACAGUUCAUAAGAUUCAAAAGUGGUUUUGUGGAAAAACCUUAAUCUCUGUACCACAUCUCUGUGACGAAAAAAAGACAGUUGGGAAUGUAAUGUGGAAUUUUCACUAUUUAUUCUUCUUUUGAUGUGGAUGUAAUAGGUUACGGUGGAUACAAGCCUUGUGAUCACUGAGGCAUUGAAAGAAGCCACAUACUUUUCACUUUUCCAGAACAAUUAGAGGAUAUGCAGUAUAACAUAUUUUGAGCAACAUUCUAAAUGUGCUAUAUAAGUUUAUAAAUAAUUUGUUUCUGAACAUUGCUGGGGACAUUUACCAACUCAGACUGCUGAAAAUAGUAAUGAGAAUUAAUGCAGUAGAAAUUUUUUUCUUUUGCAUUUGUUCAUAUUCCAAAUGUAAUAUUACUCUCAUGAUAACAAAAUUUGUGAAUGCAAUCAUUGUGCAAACACUGUGAGUUCUUCCUGUUUUUUUCAAAUAUGUGAGUAAUCUUUUAUAGAAAAAGUAUAUUAUAAUUGUGAACCAGAUAAUCAGUACUGUUCCCAUUUCAUGUACCCUCGAAGAUGUAAAACAAUCAAUAAUUUAGUAGAACUCCUUUAACUGUAAACAAAGUAAUAUUUUUUUAACAUUAAAUUGCUCUUUUCAAUGAAACCAAAUUUUAAAAGAAUUCAUACAGAUAAAAAGACGUAUCAAUAUAAUCAAUGUAAGAAAGAUUUCAUAUGUGCCAAUUAUAUUUGCAGGCAUGAAAUAAGUUGUUCUGCAGAGCAACCCUCUGAGUUUAUUCAAUGUGGUAAAGCCUUUGCAUAUGAGAGUCAUAGUCAAAGGCAUGAAAUAAAACAUACUGGAGAGAAACACCAUGACUGUAACCAAUGUGGUAAAGCUUUUAAAAGAAGGCGUGACCUCCAAAUACAUAAGCGAACACAUACAGGAGAGAAACCCUAUGAAUGUAACCAAUGUGGAAAAGCCUUUGCAAGAAGUGGUGACCUCCAAAAACAUAAACGAACACAUACAGGAGAGAAACCCUACAAAUGUAACCAAUGUGGUAAAGCCUUUGCACAAAGCACUAAUCUCCGAAUACAUAAGCGAACACAUACAGGAGAGAAACCCUAUGAAUGUAACCAAUGUGGAAAAGCCUUUGCAAGAAGUGAUGACCUCCAAAACCAUAAACGAACACAUACAGGAGAGAAACCCUACAAAUGUAACCAAUGUGGUAAAGCCUUUGCAAGAAGCAGUCAUCUCCGAAUACAUAAGCGAACACAUACAGGAGAGAAACCCUAUGAAUGUAAACAUUGUGGUAAAGCCUUUGCAGAAAGCAGUGCUCUCCAAAUACAUAAGCGAACACAUACAGGAGAGAAACCCUAUGAAUGUAACCAAUGUGGAAAAGCCUUUGUAAGCAGUGGUGACCUCCGAAAACAUAAACGAACACAUACAGGAGAGAAACCCUAGGAAUGUAAACAUUGUUGUAAAGCCUUUGCACAUAGCAGUACUCUCCACAUCCAUAACAGAACACAUACAGUUGAGACGCCAUAUGAAUGUAACCAAUGUGGUAAAGCCUUUGCAGGAAGGAGUGACCUUUAAAGAGAAAAGACCAUACAGGAGAGAAAUCUAUGAAGGUAUCUAAUGUUAUAAAGCCUUUGCAGCAAGCAUUGAUCUCCAAGUACAUAAAUGAACAUAUACCAGAGAGGAACCUUUUAAAUGUAACCAAUGUGGUAAAGGUUUUUCGAAAACCAAUAGUCUUUACACACAUAAAAGCACAUAUAGUUGAGAGAAAUGCUUUUAUUUUAACCAAUGUGGUUAAAGUUUUUCAAAAAGCAGUCAUCAACAAAAUCUUGAAAGAACACAUAUAGGAGAGAAAUUUUUGAAUGUUAGCAAUGGUCCUUUUACACCUUUUUCACAAAGCAGUGGCCUCCAAAUAUAUAAAGGGACAAGUACAGGUCAGAAAUCCCAUGAAUAUUGGCAAUGUUUUAAAGCACUUCUAUAUUACAAUCAUCUUCAAAUCCAUAAAGAAUAUGAGGUGUAGAGAAAUCCUCUGAAUAACACUAAUUAGGUAAAGCAAUUGUACAAAAGAGUCAUCUCCCAACACAAAAGUAGACACACUGAAUUGAAACCCAAUGAAUAUAAGCAGUGUGGUAAAUAUUUUAUAAGUCACAGUUGUUCCUAAGUAAAUAAAAGGAGACACAGUUGAGAGAAACCCUAUGAAAGUUAUCAUAUGAACAAAGCCUUGUACAUAAAAAUCUUCAAAUGCAUAAAAGAAGACAUAGAGGUGAGAAACCCUAUGUUUGCAAGCCAUGUGGUAUUGCUUUCAUUUGUCAGUCAUAUUGAAAGACACAACAGAAAACAUAAUGUAGACAAAAUGCUGAGUGUAUUUAAUAUGGUGAAGAUUAUUGAAUAUUUCUAGAGUCUUCACAAUCAAACAAUCCACUCUGCAAAGAAAUUUAGUAAUAUAAUAUGGUGAAACCUUUUAAUAUUUUCCAAAUCUUCAUCAUUAUGAAAGAGAAACGCAUGAAUGCAUUCAAUAUGGGGAAGCCUUUAAACAUUUCUAAUUCAUCAUCAUCAUCCUGAAAAUAAUAAUACAAAGGAGAUCAAGGGGAUACAAGGCAUGUUUCUUAUUGUCUUGCUUGAGUUACAGUCCUGACACCUUGUGAUAAAUAUCAAUGUGGAAAGUGUGAGCUGGAUUAAACUCUUUCCUCCCCAA